CUAUCCUGAACCCGAAGCAGCCCAAAGAGACACCAAAAAGCUUCAGCUUUGACUAUUCCUACUGGUCCCACACCACGCCUGCAGACAUCAACUAUGCAUCUCAGAAGCAAGUGUACCGGGACAUUGGCGAGGAGAUGCUGCAACAUGCCUUCGAAGGCUAUAACGUCUGCAUCUUUGCCUAUGGGCAGACGGGUGCUGGAAAAUCCUACACCAUGAUGGGGAAGCAGGAGAAGGACCAGCAAGGCAUCAUCCCUCAGCUGUGUGAGGACCUCUUCUCCCGCAUCAACGACACGACGAACGACAACAUGUCCUACUCUGUGGAGGUUAGCUACAUGGAGAUAUACUGUGAGCGUGUGAGGGACCUCCUGAACCCCAAGAACAAGGGGAACCUGCGAGUCAGGGAGCAUCCUCUUAUGGGCCCGUACGUUGAGGACCUUUCCAAGCUGGCUGUGACCUCUUACAAUGACAUCCAGGACCUCAUGGAUUCUGGGAAUAAAGCCCGCACAGUGGCUGCCACCAACAUGAACGAGACCAGUAGCCGCUCCCACGCAGUCUUCAACAUCAUCUUCACACAGAAACGGCAUGACGCCGAGACGGAUAUAACCACUGAAAAGGUCAGCAAAAUCAGCUUGGUGGACCUGGCUGGGAGUGAGCGAGCCGACUCCACUGGCGCAAAGGGCACAAGACUAAAG